UCCGUAGGAGAGAGUGGGGAGCGAGAGAGGGAGGGAGGACAGCCCAAAUAGUGCACAUCAGCAGGCGUCGGAGCAUCUUCCUCAUCGUCAUCUCCAUCGAGCGAGCCUCGGUGUGACAUUCUUAACGGGAGCUGGCGGAAGUCGUCCUCAAGCCUCCGCACAUCCAUCCAUCCAUCCAUCCAUCCUCCCAGCAGCAGCAGCUCCCGGCGCGCACUUUUUCCUCCGGAGCGUCGUUAUUCUUAGCACAGCUGCAGGGAGACUGUCCCGUCCUCACGGCCCUUUGGCUUAUUUAUCCCAGUUUUCCUGAAUAUUUCAUGGGAAAAAAUGGCGAUCUGUGCCCAGUCGUACGGCAUGUUGUGCCUCUUCAGCAUCCAAACUGUCCUUCUCAUGUGCGUGUCCACGCCGACUGCCGGGACACACCACUUCCCCCAGCACUACACAAUGAUUCACUGGGCUGGACGCAUCGAGAAGGAGCUGGAAAAAGUUCUGCAGCACGUCACUGGGACUCAGCAAAUGAGAUCGAUUUAUAACGAGAAGAAGAGCCAGUUUGAAAUCAAGAGAAACAACCCCAAGGACCUCGUGGAGAGAGUGGCGCGGGACAUUUCCAAGCUGCUAAACAGCAAGAGGAAAGCCCUGGAGAAACUGGCCAGGGAGGCGGAGCAGCUUCAGAAGGAUCACGAAUGGCAAGAUGGCGUUACGGAGAAUGCCAUUUCAUACUACGAUUCCAAAGCGGAUUCAGACUAUGCGGAGGACGGAGAAGAAGAGAAUCCGCUGGAAAGCGCGUCCUCCGUGGAGCUGGAGUUUGUGGACGAUCCUAAUUUCAAAAACAAGGUCAACUACUCUUCCAGCGCCGUCCAGAUUCCAACCGACAUCUACAAAGGCUCUCCUGUCAUCCUCAACGAGCUGAACUGGACCCAGGCCCUGGAACGGGUCUUCAUCGAGAACCGCCGAGAGGACAGCUCCCUGCGCUGGCAGGUGUUCGGCAGCGCUACAGGCGUCACUCGCUACUACCCGGCCACUCCAUGGAGAGCACCCAACAAGAUUGACCUCUACGAUGUCCGCCGAAGGCCCUGGUACAUUCAAGGUGCGUCUUCUCCAAAAGACAUGGUCAUCAUCGUGGAUGUGAGCGGGAGUGUCAGCGGCCUCACUCUAAAGUUGAUGAAGACCUCGGUCAUCGAGAUGCUGGACACGCUCUCAGAUGACGACUACGUGAACGUAGCCAGAUUUAAUGAGAAGGCCGACGCUGUGGUUCCGUGCUUCAGGACUUUGGUCCAAGCCAAUGUGCGCAACAAGAAGAUCUUCAAGGAGGCCGUCAUGCACAUGCAAGCCAAAGGAACCACCGAUUACAAGUCUGGCUUCACGUUUGCCUUUGAACAGCUGCUGAAUGAGACCGGCGCUCCGAGGGCCAACUGCAAUAAGAUGAUAAUGAUGUUUACAGAUGGCGGGGAGGAUCGGGCACAGGAAAUUUUUGAGAAGUACAACUGGCCCAACAAAACGGUGCGUGUAUUCACCUUCUCAGUGGGCCAGCAUAAUUAUGACGUCACCCCCUUGCAGUGGAUCGCCUGUGCCAACAAAGGUUACUACUUUGAAAUCCCGUCCAUCGGAGCCAUCAGAAUCAACACCCAGGAGUACCUGGAUGUCCUUGGAAGACCCAUGGUGUUGGCUGGCUCUAAAGCCAAACAGGUGCAGUGGACCAACGUCUACCAGGAUGCUUUGGGUUUGGGCCUUGUCAUCACGGGGACAAUGCCGGUCUUCAACCUCACUGCUGACAGUGCAAGCUCGCAGAACCAGCUCAUCCUUGGAGUCAUGGGAGUAGACAUUGCCAUCAACGAAAUCAAAAAGAAGACGCCCACAUACAGACUGGGAGCCAAUGGCUACACCUUUGCAACAGAUCCAAACGGUUACGUCCUGCUUCAUCCUAACCUGCGACCAAAGAUCAUUAACUUCAGGGAGCCUGUCACUCUGGACUUUCUCGAUGCAGAACUGGAGGAUAGCAACAAGGAGGAGAUCCGAAGACAAAUGAUUGAUGGCAAAUCGGGGCAGAGGAAAAUCAAGACGCUCAUUAAGUCGGUUGAUGAGAGGUACAUCGACGAGGCCGUGCGGACGUACACGUGGACGCCUGUGGAGGGCACAGACUACAGUCUGGGGUUGGUGCUGCCCACGUAUAGUGAGAACCACAUCAAGGCCAACCUUAGUGACCAGAUCCUCCAGGUGCGGUUGUCAUACAUCAAGGAUUUUGAGUCACUGCUGCCAAACAGUUUUGAGUCUGAAGGACAUGUAUUCAUUGCUCCCAGGGAAUACUGCAACGAACUGGAAUUGUCCAACAACAACACGGAAUUCCUGCUCAACUUCAUAGCGCUCAUGGAGAAAGUGACCCCCGACUCCAAACAAUGUGACAAUUUGUUGCUUCACAACCUGAUCCUGGACACGGGCAUCAUCAGGCAGCUGGUGGACAAAGUGUGGAAGAACAAAGACUUGAACACAUAUGGCUUUCUGGCCGUGUUUGCUGCAACUGAUGGAGGAGUUACCAGAGUGUUCCCCAACAAGGCGGCAGAAAGCUGGGAGGAAGACCCCGAGCCGUUUAACGCCAGCUUUUACCGCCGCAGUCUGGACAACAAGGGCUACAUCUUCAGAGCGCCUUAUCGCACAGCCCGAGACGAGCUUCUCAACCCAGAGAACGACACCAUCGGCAUCCUCGUCAGCACGGCGGUGGACAUCACAGUGGGAGGGAAGACCAUCAAACCAGCAGUCGUUGGAGUGAAACUGGACCUUGAAGCCUGGGUGGACAAGUUUAAGAUUCUUGCCAGUAACCACACUGACAACCGUCAAGGCUCACACACGUGUGGACCCAACAGAGGCUGUGAGAUGGACUGUGAAGCCAACAGUGAUGAUCUGCUGUGUUAUUUAAUAGACGACGGCGGCUUCCUGAUCAUGUCCAACCAGAAGGACGACUGGAACAAGGUGGGCAUGUUCUUCAGCGACGUGGACCCCAACUUGAUGUUUGCGCUCUACAACAAUUCCUUCUACAACCGCAAACAGUCCUUUGACUACCAGUCCGUGUGUGAGCGCAUGCCCAACAGCGAGGCCGGAGCUGCACCACGAGGAGUCUUUGUGCCCACAGUUGCAGAUUUUGUCAACUUGGCUUGGUGGACUUCAGCAGCUGCAUGGUCAUUGUUCCAGCAGUUCAUGUAUGGACUGGCUUAUCACAGCUGGUUUGUCACAGACGAGGUGGACGCAGAGGGGAUCGACUCCAAAGAGAGAAGCUGUGUGAUGAUCCAGACUCAGUACUACCUGAGCAACCUCAGCAGCUCCUACAACAUGCUGCAAGACUGUGGCAACUGCUCCAGGCUGAUUCACGCCAAGAAGCUGAACAACACCAACUUGUUGUUUGUGGUGGCUGAGAAGAUGCCCUGCAACACCUGCGAGAUGGACAAGCUGUCCCAGGAGGAAGAGGAGUUCAAGGAGGAGAAUCCAUGUGAAGAAAUGAGUGUAGCGCGCUAUAGAAAAGGACCUUCCACCUGCUUUGACAACAACAUCGCUGAGAACACGUCAGACUGUGGGCGGGGCCACUCCCUCCAGCCUUGCCUCUACACUUUACUGCUGAUUCAGCUGCUUCUGCUUUAUCCUGUGGUCAGCCCUCACGCUCACUCUCUACUACUACAUUAAUCUACGAGCACACACAAACACCCUUUUAGCUUCUCCCCUCACGACUACCACCACCCAACAUAGUUUUAUCGCCAAUGAUGGGACUUCCCAUCUUAGCGGGUCGGAAGCCCUGAGCGCCGCCUUCUCGCCAGCUCGCUUUGCUCACAAUGUGUGUCCUCAGCCGAGGUCGUCCCACCGUCCCUCCCCACGUGAGAAGUAGAAAAUGUCAUGUCACUUUUUUCAAGUUACUUUUUGUUGGCAAAAAAAGGGACUGUCUUUAUUUAUGCACUCAAAUAUCUACUUGCCAAAAUGAGAUAGACUUUCAUGUGGUCUUACUUUUGUAGCCAAAAAGACACACUUACAUGACUCAUGAGAGGGACGUGAGGCAUGCUCGUAUUUCAAGAGAAAGACACAUAAAGGCCGGUAUUGUCACGGCAUGAUGCGCUCAUAUUCACGACGUGAGGCUCACACACGAGUGAUACAUUCAGUAGUUAGCAUAGAUGAAGAGCCAUGUGGUGUCCUAGAUUACACAAAACAAACCUCUCUGACCAAACAUCACCUCUGACGCAACUCAUCAGGCUUCUAUGCGGCCACGCUGAAAAGAAAACAUUACACGACCACAAAAAAGGUGUUAUAUUGCAAUUUUCUGUAAAUAAAGACAUCACUUUAUGAGAAAAAAACCCAUCAUCUUACCACUUAAGGAUGUAAUCUUACAAAAUAAAGUCAUUUUAUGAGAAGUCGUAAUCUUACCAAAAAAAAAAGUACAUUUUCAGUAAAUAUUGACGUGAUUUUGUGGGAAAAAAUGAUUUUGCGAGGAAAAAAAUAUUUCUUUUGGCGAGGGGAGAAGUCCUAAUCUUACCCAAAAAAAGACAUUUUCGAAGAAUAAAGUAUAAUUUUACUACAACAAAGUGAAAUCAUAACGUGCUGCAUAAUCUUAGAAGCAUGAAGUUGUUUUACAUGAAGUCAUCAUUUUAUGAGAAAAGUCCUGUUUUCAUGUGAAAUAAUUACCACCCCCGAAAAUGUCCAUUUUACGAGUAAAGCAUAAUCUUACAAGAAGUCAUAUUCUUUUCAGAAAAAAAGAAAAUUAAAAAGAAAAAUUUAUGAGAAAAAAAAUCAAUCUUAGCAAAAAAAAGAAAAAUAAUACAAAAUAAAUCUUAAUCUUGCAACAAUGAAGUUGUAAUAUUACGAGAAAGAAGUCCUCAUCUUACGAGAGCAAAGUCUUAAUCAUACAAGAAUAAAUGAUACUCUUGCAAGAGUUAAGCUGACAAGUAGUAAGUCCUGCUCUUGCAGGCAUAAAGUCGUAAUUGUACAAGAAUAAAGUUGGAAUCUAACUUUUGUCAGAAGUUACAAUUGUACAAAAAUAAAAAUGGAAUCUUGCAAUUAAGUCUUACUCUUGCAAAAAUGAAGUCCUAAAGUCAUAAUUGUACAAGAAUAAAGUGGGACUCUAACAAUUAAGUCCUGCUCUUGCAAGAAUGAAGUUGCAGUCUUAAGAGAAUAUAGGCCAACUCUUUGUACAAGAACAAGAACAAAGUCGCAAUCGUACAAGAAUAACAAGCACAAACGUGCACGGUGUCGGCGUUAGGACGAAGACUAUCGCGCUACACUUUUUCUGGUUGAUCUUAUUUCUGCUCAUGACGUUACAGUUUUUAUUUCUUUUCAGCGUGGCUCUGAUCCUUUACAAGCUCCUUCAGUCUGGUCUACUCAAAUAGUCAACACAUUUACUUUAACACGGGCGGUGGGGGGCACUAACUAAAUAUGGCCGUCACACGCAGUAAGUAGAGUAGUCAUGUGAUCGUCAUGUUAGACUGUUUCAUAGUGCCUUGAUGCACUCUGUUGUGGACGACUGUAUAGUACUUUUGUUUUUUUUUUUAAUAAAGCAGCCAUGUUGGAGAAUCAGCUUUUUGUGGAGCACAUUUGCAUCAUCACAUGGUGACGUCAUCAGUCACCAAGCCAUGUAUUGGACGCAGUCUUAUUUGGACAUACCUUUUUACCAAUCGGGCCACAUGACUGCUGUCGUUCUGCCCGAUUCCGUGUGUGUUUGCAUUUGCUGAGUGGAAUGUCGUUGAAAUGUGAGGGGUGACAGUUGGUUUUCUUCUUUGUGUGUUGCAAUCAACACAAAUCAGUGUUUUGGAGGUUUAAAAAACAAACAAAAAAAGGAGGGAUUUACUGCUUGUGCUGAAAGAAUGUGCUUGUCGGUUGAUGUGUUUUAAAAUGCAACGCAGUAAAAACGACGCCUCUAUAUAAAUGCCUUAGUGUCACACACAUACACACAACUCUCAUGCGUUAGCCCUCACACACACAAACACACACUAACGUUACGCCCUCACGCUAAUACUGCACUUCAUCCAUAACAGUUUGUACCCUCUUCAGUGAACGUGUACAUCUUGGAAUCAUCACGAUCCAUGCCCCAAAUGAUAAUACAGUGGAACCUCCAUAAUCCACAGGCAUCGGUUAGAGUGCAAAUAAUCUGUUCCAGGGUCAAACUGCGGCCAUCAAACUGUCUGUUAUUGGUUUUCUUUUUAAGUCUUAAAGUCACAUUGUCAUAUGCUUAACUGUCACAGAAGUGUGAAAAGAAGCUGAGACGAUAACGUAACGUUGUGAGGGUCCUUCGUGUUGUCUAAUUUCCUUUGGAUUUAAGGUUAGCCGUUGUUGUGCUGAGCAGCCUGGACAGAUGCCUGUGACACUUUCUUCAGUUCCAUUGCUGUUUUCUGUGGUGUCGUCACACAAAAUACAACACAAAAAAAAGUAGGGGUGCACGAUAAUUAAGGGUCGAUAUGAGGGAAUUAUGACAUCCUACCGGUAACGUUAAAAAUAGCUUGGAUAACCAAUCUUUUUUUUUUUUUAAACGCUCCAAUGACGCGAGAUCACCAGGACUGAGCAAAUCAAGCGCUCCAUUUUUCCUCCUGCCUGUGACGUCAACAGCCUUUUGUAACUUCCCCUGAGCGCACUUGUAAACAAACAUUCAUUUUCCAUUCUCCGUGGCGUCACAGCGGCUGCUCGGAGCGUGUGCCCGAAUACAGUGCACCUUGCUGGGCCACAGCAGGUGGCUCCCUCCACUCCAUACUCUGGUUCUCCUGAUAGUAGUGAUGUCAUGAUAUUUGAUUAGGACAAAUCAACAGGUACACUUGAUCAAAUCCUAAUUUGUUCCAGUCCUUCGUACCUCCAGGUGUGCACAAACUACUCUUAAAUCUAAAUUUAAAAAGUAAAUACAAAAAACGUUAUUGGUUAUUGGUAUCAUAUUGGUCCACACAGUUAUAGGUAUCGUUUUGGAAAAAAAAGAUAUCGUGCAUCUCUUUAAAAAAAAAAAAAAAGAAAGAAAGAAAGAAAGAAAAAGCAAAACACACUUGUGGCAUCUUGAUGGUGUUGGUCCUUGGAGGUUCCACUGUGUUUAGAAACACAGAAAAAGAAGAAAGUGUGUAUGCAGGGGUCACAUGACAUGCACUUUUCCUUUGCACUCCCGUCCUCUGUCCUGUGCCAGUGUUCAUUCCCAACACUACACGUGCCUCCUUCGUUCUUUCCUGCUCUCUAACACCGCAAAACAAGCACACACACACACACACACACACUUGACAAGUGAGACAUGAUGCUCAUCAAACGGCUUAAUCAUCAUCAUCAUCAUCAUCAUAACGACACUUCACUCACAAUCAGAUGGCAGCCAAGGAUGUUUCAUUACAAGCAGGAGGGACGUCAAAUGGGAGGGGGGAGUGUGUGUGUGUCCACAGUGCGGAAAGGACAUCAUGUGGUCACGUGUCACACAUGAUCACAUGACAAUAUGCUGGAUAAUGCUCACAUAACAAAUACAAUAGCAAGUGUAAGAAGAAAUGAACCCCUGCACAAAACAACAAUGAUAAAAGCAAACGUCCCAGCACCGACAUGCUCCCGUCGCAGCAGCUUCUCCACAAACUGCCAUCGCCAAAAUUCUUGCCCUCUUUCUUCUUAAUCUGCUACGCAGGAUGACUUGGUUAAGAAAAUAUGGACUCCCGUUGAACAAAAUCCUUGAAAUUGCCACAAACACGUUAAGGCGAGCACCGUGUGCCCUGCAGCAGCCUCACACGGGGGUGCGCGUGAUGUCGUGCGUUUGCGCCUGCACGUCACUUCCCGGACGAUUUGCGUUCUCAUUGACACAUCGCAUUUUUUUGGUUAUUUGAACGACCGCAUUGAAAAAAUCAGAUUUUAACCCAAAAAACUGCGAAUUGGGCGUCAACCCCGCAGCGUGAACGUAGCCCUAGUGGCCUUUUUUGGUACUGCUGGAAUUCAGAUGCAGAACUGCUCACUGUUUGCUGAGGCACAUUUUGGAGGUUCUACUGUAUUUUGCCCACCAAAACCAUAGUUUUACCAUCCAGCUCUAAUGUGCGAUAAAUGAUACACUGCAAGAAAACGACGAUACGAUAUUUAGUUUAACGCAUGAUGGUGGAAUGAAUAUAAAAAAUCUUCUACAUUCUAAAACCAACCAUUUUUACUGAUAUAUAAUUUAAAGAUAUACUUAUAACAUUAUUUUAUUACUUGUUCAAUAUUUGAUAUUCCUUAUUAUGUAUUUUAAAUUACAAAAAACAAAUAUUUGUAAUUUUAUUUAAAUAGAAUUCCAAUACAAUCACAUAAAUAAUGGAUUUAUAUUCUACAAAUGAUACUAAAAUGCUUUUCUGCACAUUGUUUUGAGUUCUUUGAGGACGUUGACCCAAUUUCACUAGAGGAGCGCCACCUCCAGGAGCCAUAAAGUAUUGACACUCCUUGGAGAGGAUAUUGAUCACAAAUAUCGAUAUUUGAUGAUCGUGUAUGCAUAUUUAGACGUGGCGCUGCGACCUUCAGGAGGUUGCUAGGGGUGUCACAAGAUCUCGCGAGAUUAAAAAGUGACCAGAUUUGUUGUCUGGUGGGCACUUGGCCUGGGAUGAUGAUGAUAAAUACAUGAACCAAUCACACAAUAAAUGAAAAUGAACUCAAUAGUUUUGCCUGCUUCAAUAUAUCGCUGUGUGCGUGCGUGUCUGUUUUCCUCGUCUCCCGCCUCCAAACAGGCAGGAAGAGGGUUCACUCUGUGCAUUGGUUUUAGCACCUUGACGCGUUUGUUCCGUAGAACAAGAGCAUGAACGGAGUGAGCCCUUUUGUCAGUCAUACAGCCUCUUUGUCUCGGUGGGUGGAGGCGGGGCUGCUAGCAUACACACAGGGUGUAGAAGAGUGUAACAUAGUAGAAAUUAAAAAUGCAUAGAUUGCAAUAUAUUGUCAUCUAUUUUUUUGUAAGUCUUCAUUGUACUUUUCUUAAAAGUAAUGUUAAAAUCUCGUCUCGUUCUCGUAGACCCAAUCUCGUGUAUCAUCUUGUCUCAUGACGCGAGUGUCUCGUGACACCCCUCGAGGUUGCAUUUAAAGGCCAAUGCUGUCCCCUUUUAAAAGAUCUGUCAAACGUGGCCUUGUUUUCCUCUUUUUCCCGUUUUAUUGAAACGAGGCUGCAGAAGUUGACUGCUGUGUUUUUACGUUUUUACAUGUCACCUCGCAUCGUAACAUAAGGCUGUCCUUGUCUGUACGUGCACACACACACACACACACACACACACACACAGCCCUCCCCCGGGGAGAAGGCGAUGUCUUCUGUGAGUUAACAGAUGACUUUUGCCAAAAUUAAAAAUGUAAAAUAAAAAAGAAGUAAAACAAGUCCAACGAGGGAGGGGCGUGAUUAAUAAUCAGUGAUUGUUAUGACGAGCCCAAAAGCAGCGAAGGGAGCCCUGGCUGCACGGUGUUGGGAAAGCCAGUGUGUAUGUGAUUGUGUGUAGUGUGUAGUCUGGUGCUAUGUGACCAUGUUUGACAAGUGUGUUAACAACUAAAAAAGCAACAUUUAGAGAAAAGAAGAAGUGAAGUCCGUAUAUAUCAUGAAUAUAAAUAUAGGAAAACGGCACUGUUGAUAAGUUUGAGCUGUCAAGUCAAAAAUGGUGUUGAUUUGAUUGGGGUUGUUUUUCUCGUGAGUGAGUGAAUGAAUGAAUGAAUGAAUAAAUGAAUGAGCAAGAGUGCGUUUAGCUCCUUCUUAUUUUGGGCUCUGCUAGGUCCAAAUGUCGCUCCAUUCUUUUGUACAGAUGAAGCUACAGAAAAAAAGAAAACAAAAAGAAGAGGGCAAAAUUUGUAAAAUAUUGUGUCUGUGACUCCUUGUAAAAUAUUUUCAAAUGGUUUAUUACAGAGAAUCAGUUAAUAAAUAAUGUUCAUAUUUUUCACUUCA